GCAAGAAUCAUCUCCUCCUCUCCACCAACGGAGUACUACCGUUACAAUGCCUCAGAAUGAGUAUAUGGAAAGGCAUGCCAAGCAGCAUGGCAAGCGCUUCGACUACGAAGAACGAAAACGCAAGCGCAUAGCCCGUGAGCAGCACAAGGGCAGCGAAAAUGCGCAGAACUUCCGAGGUCUCCGUGCGAAGCUGUAUCAGCAGAAGAGGAGGAAGGAGAAGAUCCAGAUGAAGAAGACGAUCAGGGCGCACGAGGAAAGAAACGUCAAGAGCAGCGAAGCCGCCGAGCCGUCGUCCACGCCCUUGCCGCAAUACUUGCUGGAUCGGUCAUCUGAGAAGAAUGCGAAGGCGCUCAGCAGCGCAAUCAAGCAGAAGCGCAAUGAAAAGGCGGCCAGGUUUAGCGUCCCGCUACCGAAGGUCAAGGGCAUAUCUGAGGAGGAGAUGUUCUCGGUCGUAAAGACCGGAAAGAAGACACAAAAGAAGGGAUGGAAAAGGGUUGUUACGAAGCCGACUUUCGUUGGGCCUGAUUUCACUCGCCGACCUGUCAAGUACGAGCGCUUUAUUCGACCUAUGGGACUGCGGUACAAGAAGGCCAAUGUCACGCACACCGAGCUCGCAGUCACAGUCCAGCUUCCCAUCAUAUCCGUCAAGAAGAACCCUCAGAACCCGAUGUACACACAGCUCGGCGUCCUCACUCGGGGCACGAUCAUAGAGGUGAACGUAAGCGAUCUCGGGUUGGUUACUGCGGGAGGCAAAGUCGUAUGGGGACGUUAUGCCCAAAUCACGAACAACCCGGAAAAUGAUGGCUGCAUUAACGCCCUACUUCUAUGAAUUUCGAGCGGCUGCGUAAGGAGAACGAGAACUUCUAAGCAUACAUUGGUGUAAGGCGUUUGGUAUUCAGUCUUUUUGGGAUCACUGCGGAGAGUCUGGACGCCGGCGGUUCAAUCGAAAAGUCUGAGGCGAGGUGAUGGUGACCGAGCGCGUACAUACGCUUGUAGUCAUGGAUUCAGCUAGGAGUCAGAAAAGAUACCUGGAUGUUGGUGUGGACGAGGCUCCGAGAGUGGCUUACGACAAUCGAAUGAAACAUACCUUCAAGCAUGAAGGCCAUUGUAAUGCA